AUGGGCAGGCGACGCACCGAGGGACUAUGCAGAGCCGUGGAACCGCCGCCAGGUCGCUGUCGGUCCACGCCGCCAGUAGCACUGCCAGCCCGCUCAGCGUCGGCUGCCGCCAUGGGAGUGCACGUGGAAACCAUCUCCCCAGGAGACCGGCGCACCUUCCCGAAGCGCAGCCAGACCUGCGUGGUGCACUACAUCGGGAUGCUUGAAGAGGGAAAGAAAUUUGAUUCCUCCCGGGACAGAAACAAGCCCUUUAAGUUUAUGCUGGGCAAGCAGGAGGUGAUCCGAGGCUGGGAAGAAGGGGUUGCCCAGAUGAGUGUGAGUCAGAGAGCCAAACUGACUGUAUCUCCAGAUUAUGCCUAUGGUGCCACUGGGCACCCAGGCAUCAUCCCACCACAUGCCACUCUCGUCUUCGAUGUGGAGCUUCUAAAACUGGAAUGACAGGAAUGGCCUCCUCCCUUAGCUCCCUGUUCCUGGAU